CGGGAACCGACGCACGCGGUAUUGUGGGAGUUGUAGUCCAGUUCGUUCACUCGAGGGUCGGCGGCAGAGAUGGGAGACACGGCCCGGUUUGCGCGGCCCCCCGUAGGUGUAACUGGGAAAAGCUGGAAGUAACUGGAAUUCAGACUCAGUGACCCAUGAAAUUGACCUUGGUCGGUCCUGGGAGCGCAGAAAGACCUGGAAAGACUACAUGGCGUAGUGUAAGAACAAGUAACUCUGGCUCAGUGAGUAAAUUGUUUAACCUCGAGAACCUUCUCCACGGUCUGUCAAGGUGGAAAGGCUCAACAUGGCUCCUCGGGAUAUAAUGACCAACUCACAUGCCAAGUCUAUACUGAACACUAUGAACUCCCUGAGGAAGAGUAAUACCCUGUGCGAUGUCACACUGCGAGUGGACAGCAAGGACUUUCCUGCUCAUCGUAUUGUGCUGGCAGCGUGCAGUGAUUACUUCUGCGCCAUGUUCACCAGUGAGCUUUCGGAGAAAGGGAAGCCGGAUGUCGACAUCCAGGGCCUGACCUCCUCUACCAUGGAAAUCCUCCUGGACUUUGUUUACACAGAAACAGUUCAUGUCACAGUAGAAAAUGUUCAGGAGCUGCUUCCUGCUGCCUGCCUGCUCCAACUCAAAGGGGUGAAGCAGGCUUGCUGUGAGUUCCUGGAGAGCCAGUUGGACCCAUCAAACUGCUUAGGGAUCCAGGAUUUUGCAGAGACCCACAGCUGUGUGGACCUGAUGCAAGCCGCAGAGGUCUUCAGCCAGAAGAACUUCCCUGAGGUCGUCCAACAUGAAGAGUUCAUGCUGCUGAACAAGGAGGAUGUGGAGAAGCUGAUCAGGUGUGAUGAGAUUCAGGUAGAUUCAGAGGAACCUGUGUUUGAAGCUGUGUUAAAUUGGGUAAAACACUCCAAGCAGGAACGAGAGGAUUUUCUCCCAGAUCUGUUGCAGUAUGUCCGGAUGCCGCUGCUUACUCCACGAUACAUAACGGACGUAAUUGAUGCUGAGCCACUGAUUCGGUGUAGCCUUCAGUGCAGGGAUCUUGUAGAUGAAGCAAAGAAAUUUCACCUGAGACCAGAAAUACGCACACAAAUGCAGGGCCCCAGGACCCGGCCACGACUGGGAGCCAAUGAAGUCCUGUUAGUGAUUGGUGGGUUUGGAAGCCAGCAGUCCCCCAUUGACAUUGUGGAGAAAUACAACCCCAAGUCUCAGGACUGGAGCUUCUUGCCCAGCAUCACCCGCAAGAGGAGAUACGUGGCCACUGUGUCUCUGAACGACCGGAUUUACGUGAUUGGCGGCUACGAUGGCCGCUCCCGUCUCAGCUCUGUGGAAUGUCUAGAUUACACCUCUGAUGAAGAUGGCGUCUGGUACUCCGUGGCCCCGAUGAAUGUGCGGCGAGGCCUGGCAGGAGCCACAACGCUCGGUGAUAUGAUCUACGUGGCGGGUGGGUUUGACGGGAGCAGACGACACACGAGCAUGGAGCGGUAUGAUCCAAACAUUGAUCAGUGGAGCAUGCUGGGAGACAUGCAGACUGCCCGCGAGGGAGCUGGCCUGGUUGUAGCCAACGGUGUAAUCUACUGCAUUGGUGGUUACGAUGGGAUUAACAUUCUGAGCUCUGUGGAGAGGUAUGACCCACACACCAGCCACUGGACACAUGUCACACCGAUGGCCACAAAACGGUCAGGAGCUGGAGUGGCUUUGCUGAAUGACCACAUUUACGUAGUGGGUGGCUUUGAUGGCACUGCCCACCUCGCCUCUGUGGAAGCUUACAACAUUCGGACGGAUUCCUGGGUCAUGGUAACCAACAUGACGACACCUCGAUGCUAUGUUGGAGCAGCAGUUCUGCGUGGGAGGCUGUAUGCCAUUGCUGGAUACGAUGGGAAUUCACUACUGAGCAGCAUCGAGUGCUACGAUCCCAUUAUUGAUAGCUGGGAUGUGGUCACUUCGAUGGGGACUCAACGUUGCGAUGCUGGUGUGUGUGUACUGCGGGAAAAGUGACACUGGAUCAGAGAACUAUCAGCUAAUGCUGGUGAGUCAGUGAGUGAGUCAGUGACUGAGUCAGUCAGUCAGUCAGUCAGUGAGUGAGGAGAAUUUGAGGAAGGAGCCUGAGUGGGAUCUGUACCACGGGAGCCUGAAAGUCAUAUUGCCUUCAGUGUGGUGGUGUUUCUGCAUUUUUUUGAGAUGUGCAAUAAUUGGUUUUAAAUGUCCAAUGAAUCUUUUGGUAAAUAAGCAGCAAUUUUUCAGUCAAGACAUUCUGCUGUUGAGAAACAAGAUUUGUGGGAGUCCCACAGACUUUUCAAACACUGAAAUUGUACAGCAAUGGUAAAAACUGGACAAUGUUGUAAAUUAGAUUUUUUUCUAAUAUGAUGGUUGCUGCUCGGGUCUGAACAAGGAAAUGCUGCAGAGAAAGCGGCGUGGCCAGAAACACUUGUAUUUACGUCACUGUGGCUUACCGUCCUGUUCAUAGCUCCUCACUAUCACUGACCGCCCAGACUUUUCGACAAAUGAAACCUGAAAGUGCUGCUUUUACUGCGUGUUUCCUGUUAUUAAGCUGUGGUUGGCACACAAUAAUGUGCAUGUUCAACACACUGCAUUAGAAAUGAUUAUAAAAUGAUUGUUCAUGCCUGUAUGUUGAUCAAGCAGAUAAAUGUAACUUCUCUCCCCACCACCAACCCCCCACCACCCAGCACACCACCGAACUAAUAAAAGUGUCCCUUCUCCUAAAAA